AUGGUGGACCACUUGCUUCCAGUGGACGAGAACUUCUCGUCACCAAAAUGCCCAGCUGGUUAUCUGGGUGACCGGCUAGCCAGCCAGCGGGCAUACCACAUGUUGCCUUCUCCACUCUCGGAAGAUGACAGUGACUCCUCCAGCUUUUGCUCCUGUGCCAGCCCCGACUCCCAAAACCUCUGUUCCUGCUACAGUGGCAAUGUGGGUACCAAGGGCCAGGACAGCAUCUUGGACUUCCUGCUGUCCCGGGCCACACUGGGUGGCAGUGGCAGUAUUGGGGUCAGCAGUGGCCCCAUGGCCUGGGGGGCCUGGCGGAGGGCACCAGCACCUGUAAAGGGGGAGCAUUUCUGCUUCUCUGAGUUUUCUGCAAGUGACCCUGAUAACGUCCCGAGGCCCUUCCAGCCUACCCUGGAGGAGAUAGAAGAGUUCCUGGAGGAGAACAUGGAGCCGAGGGUCAAGGAGGCACCAGAAGGCAGCAGCAAGGACUUUGAGGACUGUAGCCAGCUCUUGGCUGGGCCACCUAGAAGCCACCUCCUUCCUGGGUCUGAUGGGAAGGAGUGCUGUACCCCUCCACCCAGUGGCCCCAGUGCUAGCAGCACCCACAGCCCCAGUGGGGGGCUAGUAUCUGAGGGCCCCAUUCCAGUGGUGUUGCAGAUCCAGCCAAUGCCAAUCAAGCAGGAGACAGGCACAGGGCCAGCCUCCCCUGUGCAGCCCCCAGAGAGUGUCAAGGUGGCCCAGCUCCUGGUCAAUAUCCAGGGGCAGACCUUUGCACUUGUGCCCCAGGUGGUACCGUCUUCCAAUUUGAACCUGCCCUCCAAGUUUGUACGCAUUGCCCCUGUGCCAAUUGCCGCCAAGCCCAUUGGGUCCGGACCCCUGGGAGCGAGUCCUGCGGGCCUCCUUGUGAGCCAGAAGUUCCCCAAGAACCCUUCGGCAGAACUCAUCAAGAUGCACAAAUGUACAUUUCCAGGCUGCAGCAAGAUGUAUACCAAAAGCAGCCACCUCAAGGCCCAUCUGCGCCGGCACACGGGCGAGAAGCCCUUUGCCUGCACCUGGCCGGGCUGCGGCUGGAGGUUCUCGCGGUCUGACGAGCUGUCGCGGCACCGGCGCUCGCACUCGGGCGUGAAGCCGUACCAGUGCCCGGUGUGCGAGAAGAAGUUCGCCCGCAGCGACCACCUCUCCAAGCACAUCAAAGUGCACCGCUUCCCGCGCAGCAGUCGCGCAGGGCGAGCCGCGAACUGA